UCUGCUUUUGCGGGGCCUUUAAUACAACGCAACUGCCACAGUCGUCCUCUUUCAACUUCUCCUCUACCCUCUUCUUCUUCGUCUUACUUUCUUCUUCUUCUUCCUCCUUCUCUUUCUCUCUACCUAAACCACAGAUUCAAAUUCAAACACAAACCCACCAGACCCUUUUCUCACAGCAUCACAACCCACUUUUUUUUGUUUUUGACUAUUUCCCAACUGAAAAAUCAUGAAGCCUCCCAAACCGGCCUUCGCGACUACUGUCUUGGUGGUGUUGUGUACUUGUCUCACCUUGGCCGCCAGCUACGAUCUGGCUUCCGACAGACAGGCUCUGUUGAGUUUCCGAGAUAACGUUGGAGGCCGCUCGACGUUUUGGAAUGUGACGGAGACCAACCCCUGUUCUUGGUCUGGUGUGACGUGCUUGUCGGACCGAGUCACUGAGUUACGCGCUCCCGGUUGGGGACUCAAUGGCCCGCUGCCUCUCGGUCUCGGCAACUUGACCCAACUCCAAGCUCUGUCUCUCCGCAAAAACGCGCUUUACGGCUCAAUUCCUCCCGACUUUGUCAACCUCGUCAAUCUGCACAACCUCUACUUGACAGGUAACAGGUUUUCGGGUCCAAUUCCUGACUUUAUCUUCGGUUUGCAGAGCCUGGAGAGGUUGCAUAUCUCUCAGAAUAACUUUUCCGGUGAAAUUUCUCCCCGGUUUAAUAAUUUGACGAGGUUGGUGUCCCUGCAUUUGGAGGAGAACCAGCUUAAUGGGUCAAUCCCGGAGUUGGAUAUGCCGGCUCUUGGACAGUUCAAUGUAUCUUAUAACCGGCUAAACGGGUCGGUACCCGCAAAGCUUUCCCGCUGGCCGGUGGGUGCCUUUGCAGGGAACUUGCAGCUGUGCGGGAAGCCGAUGACGGCCUGUAAUGGGACUGAGAGUGGGAGUGGGAGUGGGAGUAAGAAGAAGUUGUCAGGUGGAGCAAUUGCAGGGAUCGUGAUAGGUUGCGUAAUUGGAUUUUUUAUCAUUGUUGCCAUUUUGUACUUUUUGUGUGGAAGAAAGAAAAAUGGGGAAAAGGGUGCUAAUUAUGCUGCGCCGCGGCGUGUUCCGGCGGUUGAAGUCCCAAAGAGAUCAUUGGAUACCGAGCGUUCGAGUGCUGAUUACUCUUCUGGCCAAAAAGGGAGUGUGAGUGGUAAGAACUUGGUGUUUUUUGGGAAUGCGGUGAAGGUGUUUGAUUUGGAGGAUUUGUUGAGGGCAUCGGCUGAGGUACUUGGGAAGGGGACUUUCGGGACGGCGUAUAAGGCGGCUUUGGAAAUGGGGGUGGCCAUGGCAGUGAAGAGGUUGAAGGAAGUGACUGUAUCGGACAACCAAUUUAAGGAGAAGAUUGAUCAGAUUGGGAAUAUGGAUCAUGUGAACUUGGUGCCACUCAGGGCUUACUAUUAUAGCAGAGACGAGAAGCUUCUGGUUUAUGAUUACAUGCCUAUGGGAAGCUUGUCUGCUCUUUUACAUGGAAACAGAGGCUCUGGAAGAACUCCAUUGAAUUGGGAAACAAGGUGUGGCAUUGCUGUCGGAGCUGCUCGUGCAAUCACAUACUUGCACUCUCAUGGUCCCACAAUCUCCCAUGGAAACAUCAAAUCUUCAAACAUUCUUCUCUCUUCGUCUUAUGAAGCUCGCGUCUCUGACUUUUGCCUUGCUCAGUUUGCAAGCCCAACCGCUACUCCCAACCGCAUUUCUGGUUAUCGUGCUCCAGAAGUCACAGAUACUAAUAAAGUAACCCAAAAGGCAGAUGUUUACAGCUUUGGUGUGUUGCUAUUGGAGCUGCUUACAGGGAAGCCUCCAACCCAAUCCCUCAUGACUGAGGAAGGAGUAGACCUUCCAAGAUGGGUUCACUCUGUUGUUCGAGAGGAGUGGACUGUGGAGGUGUUUGACCUUGAGCUUCUCAGGUACCAGAAUGUUGAGGACGAAAUGGUUCAGAUUUUACAGAUUGCACUUGAAUGUACUGUUCAGCACCCUGAUAAGCGGCCUUCAAUGGCUGAAGUGACUAGCCAGAUUGAGGAGCUUUAUAGUGCCAGCUUGAAGCAUGGACAAGAUGAAAAUCAGGUGGAUGAUGGGAUUUCUCAGCAGUAUUUCUCAACUGACACACACAUCAAGUAAAGGAUUGAAGAAAGUUCGGCAUUCUUCCUGUGUUGCUCUACUUGUCAGGCUCAGGCAUGAUUAAUCAUUUGUUUAUUCUUGGUUUAUCCUAAAACAAAAUUACAGACAGGAUCCUCCUUUUCGCAUUUUGGUUUUCACCUUCAUACUUAUUUUCUUCUAGUAAUAUUCUUUAAUCCUCCUUUAUUUUACUCUUUAUGUUGUACUUUUUUUUAUGCUGUAUUUGGAGGGGGAUAUCAGUAUUCUUAUUUAUGACGCGGUGGUCUGCGUUGCAAAUUCUGAAUAUCAGAGUGGUGCUCUUGCCUCUAUUCCA